UUUUGCUGAUUUUCAGUUUUUUGCUGCAAUUUGGUUUGAUGCUUGCAGGAAAACAUUGAGAAAAUUAUUUGCGGAUUUUUUUUGCUGUUCAUCCUUUCAUUAUGUUUUGGAUAUUCUAGCAGUCUAUCCAGAGAAUGAUGCGAUCCCUUUCCCGUAUCCCCAACGGUAUCGCCUCUCCGCGUCCCGCCACUCUGCUGACAGACACUCAUCGUCAUCAAGGCACCACCGCCAGUCAGCCAGCGAAACCCGCGGAGCCUCCCAAGACCGCCGAACCACCCAAACCCAAAAAGACCAAAUUCGGCCCGCUGAAAGAUGACGACCGUAUCUUUACUAACCUGUACGGCCGGCAUGACUGGGGUAUUAAAGGCGCGCUGGCCCGCGGGGAUUGGUACAAGACCAAGGAGAUUCUAGGCAAGGGCCACGAGUGGAUUCUGAACGAGGUGAAGAAAUCGGGAUUGCGAGGGCGCGGUGGCGCAGGCUUCCCGUCGGGGCUCAAGUGGAGUUUCAUGAAUAAACCUAGUGAUGGACGGCCCAAGUAUCUGGUGGUAAAUGCCGAUGAGGGCGAGCCCGGGACGUGCAAGGAUCGCGAGAUCAUGAGGCAUGAUCCCCAUAAGCUCAUCGAGGGGUGUUUAAUUGCAGGAAAAUCCAUGCACGCCCGUGCCGCUUACAUCUAUAUCCGCGGUGAAUUCUACAACGAAGCGGCUAAUCUGCAGAUCGCCAUCCGUGAGGCCUACAAAGCCGGGUACAUCGGGAAGAACGCCUGCGGAUCCGGAUAUGACUUCGACGUCUUUGUCUUCCGUGGGGCGGGAGCGUAUAUCUGCGGUGAGGAAACCGCCUUGAUCGAGUCGAUAGAAGGUAAACAGGGCAAGCCCCGCUUGAAGCCCCCCUUUCCGGCGGACAUUGGUGUUUUCGGCUGUCCGACCACCGUGGCCAAUGUGGAGACGGUGGCGGUGGCGCCGAGUAUCUGUCGACGCGGCGGGGAGUGGUUUGCGUCGUUUGGCGAGAGGAACAGCGGGACGAAGCUGUUCUGCAUCUCGGGGCAUGUUAAUACACCGGUGACCGUGGAAGAGGAGAUGUCGAUUCCGCUCAAAGAAUUAAUUGAAAAGCAUGCCGGAGGAGUCAAAGGUGGAUGGGACAACCUAUUGGGCAUCAUCCCCGGCGGCUCCUCCGUGCCGCUCCUGCCCAAAUCCAUCUGCGAGACGGUCCUCAUGGAUUUUGACGCCCUGGCCGCCGUUCAGUCCGGUCUAGGCACGGCCGCCGUCAUCGUCAUCAACAAGCAGGCCGACAUCAUCAAAUGCAUCGCACGGCUGAUUGAAUUCUACAAACACGAGAGCUGCGGACAGUGUACGCCGUGCCGCGAGGGUACCGGCUGGCUGAACAAAAUCAUGCAGCGCUUCGUCACCGGGAACGCGCAGCCGGAUGAGAUCGACAUGAUCUGGGAGAUCAGCAAGCAGAUUGAAGGCCACACCAUCUGUGCGUUGGGGGAUGCGGCCGCCUGGCCGGUGCAGGGAUUGAUUCGGCACUACCGGCCGGAAAUGCUGGCCCGCAUGAAGGAGUUCGCGGAGAAGAACACGAAGACGCCGGAGGAAUGUCAGGAUGGGCCGUUUCAGCAGCGUGUCGCCGGGUAGUGUCGGUUAACCGUGAUAGACUUUCGCGAUUAUUCAUGCAUCAUGUUGUGCAUUUGUGUCGGAAAUUUUAUUGUAUAGUUAGAGAAUAAGUAUGGUGAAUUUUACUCGUGUUGUGCUGUACGACGGUAUUGUGUUUACUCGCUGACUGAUUCAAAGCAUACAUAUAAAUUAUCUGCUGA